UAAAAAAAUAAUUACAAUUUAAACAUUUCUAAAUAUAUCACAAAAAAAAAAAAUAUGUCAUCGGGGAGUGAGUUAGACUAAAAAAAAAGUUAUCUUUUACAUAACGUUUGUUCAUUACGUCACUUCGUACGUGUUGUGUCUUGAGGAGGUAAAUCAAUAAAACAUCUCGUCGUCACGCUUUCCAGUUAUUUGAAUCGGCGAGAGGAGACGUAAAAGAAUUAUGGCCGGCCUCCGUCCUUUACAGAUUUUAAUAUGGAAAAAUUGGAUUAUUCACAAACGGCAUUAUAUUUGGAGUAUUUUUGAAUUGCUUCUACCUCUUUUGUGUUCUUUUAUUCUUGUUUGCAUCGCUUCGAUAAUACCGGCUUCGGUCGACUUCAGAAGCCAAGAUACCGACAGUUCUGGUGUUAAACACGUAAACGUGACAAUAUACUCUCCGUACAAUCUUCAAGAAUAUUAUAAAACAAUUCGCAAAAAGGAUACGUUUCUUUUUGCACCGAAUAACAGCGCUACCCGCGAACUGAUGGAAAAUGUUUUCAAAGAAAAAGAAUUACGUGUCUUAGGAUUUGAAUCUGAAGAGCAACUUGAAACAUUUGUGACAACAGAUGAUGAUGUAAUAGGAGCUGCUAUAUUCUUAGAUUUUGAUGAAUCUUCAACUGUGUUGAAAUAUAAACUGAGAAUAUCAGAAUAUUAUGGCUUUAAAACAGAACAAACCUAUUAUAUUAGCAGUCAAAAAGGCCCUCGAAUAUAUAAAGUGUUUUUUCUGUACAUCAGCAGACUGAUUCUUCAUUAGAGUUGCCAGAUGUCCCAAUUUUUUGAGAUUGCCCUUGUUUUUCGCAACUGAAAACUUUUAUUGAGACUGCCUAUACUUUAACCAUCUAGCAACAAGAUACAAUGUUUUGUUCUUUCCUUGCUCUUUUUCUUAUUUAAUCCUUUGUUGUGUAUUAUUAUGUAAAUUGUACUCUCAAUUUUUUUGCUUGUACUGAUAAUCCUUAAUAAAGAUUUUUGCUAGAGAUCGUGGAAGAAGGAAAGAUUGGCAUUAUAAGAAAAAACAAAAUGGCAAAAAUAAAGAAUUACUGUAAAGUUGUGAGUAUGUAAUACAAGUGUUCGUCUAUUUACAAACUUUCAGACUUACGAACAAUUUGAUUGUACGUCUAAAAUUAAAAUUUUUCACAAAUUGUGAA